UGUAAGGUCUGGCUGUCAACUGUUCUCUUGCCUCUAGUUAGUUCUCCUUAGUCCGCAUAGCCUCGUGUGUCGCACUUUACCCCAUUAAGCAACAAAACAUGCGUCCGCUGCCGCACACGUAACAAUUAGCAAAUGUCAUCGCGAUCAGCGCAAGAACUCUCAAGAAGAAAAAGUCGAGGAAGGAAGAAGGAGACGUUAAAGAAGAAGUACUUAUCGCUCUUCGUACUUACCACUCAAACGCAACCCCUAAGUUGAUUGCAAGGAUCCAAUUGUAAUUGCAAUCCUUUCAACAACAAACAAAAAAAAAACAUUUCUCCAAUACGAUCUGCAAAACAGAGGACAACCUUUUGAGCUGCAAGGAUAAACGGUGGUAAUCGUCCACCUUCAAAGGGUUGUUGAUUGUUUAGUAUUUUUUUAUUUGUUGAAACGAGCAGAGAAAGAGCGCGCGCGCGCUUCUUCGCCGCGAUGAAAAGCGAUUUCGCCGGAUGCGGAAGUGGGUGAUGUGUGAUCACAGUCGUUCGUUUUGCAAAUAGUUGUGUGUUUGUUGUUCAGUUGUUGUUGUUAUUGUUGUUUCGGUUGUUUGCUGCUGCUGCUGCUACUGCAGUCGGUUGUAGGUUGUUGCGCGUGUGGCUAUGCCAGAGAAAGAAGCGGACUUCCAAGCAGCGAUGUCGGCCGGUCUGCCGCUUCAGUUUCCGUCGGCUUUCGCAGCCUUCCACGCGCCUCUUCCCGUCGACCAAAGGACCCACGAAGGACGAUACGUCUGGGAUCCUAGGAUGCAGCCACCAGGAGCACCCUUUCAUCCACCUGCACCUCCAGGGGUCAGCGGCAGUCCCGGCGGUGGCCUCCAACUUCUCGGAAGGGAACUGCACCCUGCCUACCGUCUUCCACCCCACAUGGAGUACCUCUACUCUCUACAACAUUCGACCGCCAACUCAAUUCACGGGUUAGGAUUAUCUCCGGAGUAUUUGAGCGCUCGAGGAUUGACGGAACUUCAUCCGGCUUCGACGUUGGCGAGCAGCGAGUACCAUUUCAGCAUAGAUGGGUCUAGGUUGAACAGUCCGAGGCCCGGAAGCAUCAGGCAGUCGAGGAAGAGGGCCCUGUCCUCGUCGCCCUAUUCCGACUCCUUCGACAUCAACUCGAUGAUCCGAUUUUCGCCAAACUCUUUGGCUUCGAUCGUGAACGGCUCGAGAUCGUCCAGUGCGAGCGGCAGCUAUGGCCAUCUCUCAGCUGGAGCCCUCAGUCCGGCCCUCAGCGUCCAUCCGGGAGUUCAUCUUCAGCAGCUCCAAGCCCAUCUCAUGCGCAGUGCAGGAUCCCUUCUGCCGCUGCCACCAGCCCCGACGCCCCCUCAUCCCAUGUACUCUCUUGGCCAUCAUCCUUUGCACGUUUCCUCCUCGGCCUCCCACAACGCGCACAACUCCAAGGCAGACUACAGGAAGAAAUCAGACGCGCUUGGAGCCAUUAUCUCUGUGGACGAUGGAGUCGGCGUUGCUUCGCGGAAGGCCCGCAUCAAGAAGGAACCGCUCCCCAAUCAUCCGUGCAACCUCACGGCCAACAACAGCGAGCCCCAAGAUCCCGCAGAUCUCAAGGACGAACCAGGAGAUUUCAUUGAAACAAAUUGCCAUUGGCGGGAUUGCGGCACGGAGUUUCCGACACAAGAUGAUUUAGUCAAACACAUCAAUAAUGACCAUAUUCACGCAAAUAAAAAGUCCUUCGUGUGUCGAUGGGAGGGCUGUUCGCGUGCCGAAAAACCCUUCAAAGCUCAGUACAUGCUCGUUGUGCACAUGCGAAGACACACCGGAGAAAAACCACACAAAUGCACGUUUGAGGGAUGCAUCAAAGCGUAUUCGAGAUUGGAAAACCUGAAGACCCAUCUCCGAUCUCACACUGGAGAAAAACCCUACACCUGCGAAUAUCCUGGAUGUUCGAAGGCUUUCAGCAAUGCCUCGGACAGAGCGAAACAUCAAAAUCGAACCCACAGCAAUGAGAAACCUUAUGUGUGUAAAGCGCCUGGUUGUACAAAACGAUACACGGAUCCGAGUUCACUGAGGAAACACGUGAAGACUGUGCACGGAGCGGAAUUCUACGCGACGAAGAAGCAUAAGGGCAUCAACGAGGGCGGACCUGAUGAUAGUCCCACGGGUCUGGACUCCAGUCCGAGAAGCGAAGACAUGCACAGCCAUAAAACAGCUAGUCUCAGCAGUCCGAGCAUCAAGUCUGAGUCGGACGUUAAUUCUCCUGGACACCAGCAGCAGGGAAGUCCUCUGGGAGCAACGCAAUUGGCCGGAGGCGGAUUCCAGGAUGAGUUUCCGGCGGAUGUUGCCGGUAACGUUAGGAGGACCAUGGAUGAUCCGGCGUGGCCUUACGAUUCAGACGGCGGUUUGGAGAUUGACGAUUUACCGGUGGUUAUCAGAGCCAUGGUGCAAAUUGGCAACGAGAGAGGUGGAGGUAUUGCAGUGCAGGAUAGGUCGAUGAGGAACAGGCUGAGGCCUAAGCUUCUGGCCAAGUCAAAUCUGCAAACGCUUCCUCCGACCAUCCAAAGGAAAACCUUGGGAAUGACUGAGAUCAACCGCAGGAUAACAGAUCUUAAGGUGGAGGGUGGCAUCACGAACGGCCCUCAAACCAAGACGCAGCUGACCGAUCUGCAAGCAAGACUACAACCUCUCACCCAGGCUCAGAUCAGGAGGGACAGCAAUUCUACUGUCAGCUCUUACUAUGGAAGCAUGAAGAGCGCGGAUAUGAGCAGAAAGAGCAGCCUCGCCUCUCAGGCAUCCAGCAUGAGACCAGCUGCUGCCGCGCCCGGAUCAUUUUACGAUCCGAUCUCUGCGGGAAGUUCGAGAAGAUCCAGUCAACUAUCGACGGCCACCAAUGGAGGAGGAAGCGGUGGUGGCGGAGCAGGAGGUGGUGGAGCAGGAGGACACUCAAUACCGCCUCCGCCUCCCUCGCAUCUCCUUGCCGGACAAUUGCAGAGGCUGCAAAACUCUACAAACAAACCCAACCAAAGCAAUUUGGUCUUGCAGACUCAAAAUGUGUCGCUUCAACAGGCAGCUUUGCAACAGUCCUGGAUGUCAACGGAUAUGGCGUCGACCGUGCGGCAAUCUACUGCGACCAACAACAGCACGGAUACCAGAAGAAUGUCGGAGCCUUGUCACACCUUAACUGACAGGAAGAGUCCUCCACCGAGGCCCGCAUCCGUGAGUCUCUCCCCGAUGAAGGGAAGCUGCACGGAGCUCCAUCCAAAUCAGGCUGUCGUUCUGGACGAAGUUGGAGAAGGAGAAAUGGUUGAGAAUAAGCUUGUGAUUCCUGACGAGAUGAUGCACUACCUCAACCAAGUAGCGGACACUCAGAACACCGACUUCAACAUGCAGUGGAACGACAAAGCGAGCGUACCAUCGCCCAACCAAAUUCCUCAGAGCUUCCCCAUCAACACAAACGUCCUUUCACCCGCUUCGAAUCAGAUGCUGCAUUCGCCCGCCUCCAAUUUAAACCAAAUGAUGCAUUCCCCGGUGAAUCAAAACAUGAACCAAAUGAUGCACUCCCCAGCAUCCACUUUUAACCAGAUGAUGCAUUCGCCUUCAUCUAAUUACCAUCAGGCUCAAAUCCAGAAUCCGCUGAUGUCGCCGGCGCCAAGCGUCGCAGCAUCACCGGCUUCGAACAUCAAUCAGAUGGUUCAUUCACCGAUGUCUGUGAGGUGCCAUUCGCAGCAGAUGAUGAUGUCGCCAGGGACGAACGCGCAGAUGAUCAAAUCACCAGUCCACCAGAUGCCAAGUCCGAAUCCGCAGAACUGCAACAUCUACAUGCCGCAAAACUGCUACACGGUCAAUCAGCCCAACCACAACAACUCUUCUUGCUACGUGCAGAACAAUUGGGAUAAGAUGUGCCAGAAUCAGGCAGCCGUAGGUGGUGGAGUGUGUCAGUCGCGCAACGCUCAGCACGUAGAUUACAACGGAUACCAGGGAUCUGGACAUUCGGCGAUGCAAGGAAACGGGAACUACCAAGUCUGCAACAAGCAAAACGGUUACUGCGCGAGCAUCAAGAACGCCAACUACUGCCCCAAUCCCAACUACCCUUCGAACUUCAACUGCGCCCCGACCAUCGUCGAACCCAUGACUUCUCCGCAGGUAGCGGCUCAAGCCCCCAACGACCAAAUGAUCAAUCAACCGCAGCAGGCGCAGAUGACCAGACCCUGUUCGCACUACGACCAGCAGAACUGUUUCCGUUCGCCCUAUCCUCAGCAACAAUGCAACAGCUGCACUUGCAACAAGCAAAACCAAAUGUUCAACAACCAGAAGUGUUUCAACAAUCCUCCACCCUCCGAGAUCCAAUGCAAAGAUAUCUCGCAAUCUCAGAUGAGCCCAGGAAUAGUUGCAGCGGCUGCGGCUGCAAAUCAGCAGCAGCAACAACAACAACAACAACAGCCGCAGCAGAACCAAUCGGCUCAGCAGCAACCUCUAGGUAUGCGGCAAGACACCUAUCAGAGAACGCUCGAGUACGUGCAGAACUGUCAGUCGUGGGUGGGCAACACCAACGAAAUGGUAACCAGCAGCACGCAUCCUCUGGCGAAAUGCGCAGAAACGACGAGUUCCAACAUGAUCAUCAACGACAUGACCUCAUCCCUGAGCUCGCUCCUAGAGGAAAACCGAUACUUACAAAUGAUCCAAUAAAUUUAACAUUUAAAAGUACAAUAUUAUUAUAUACAUAUAAACAGACAAAUAUAUUUAAA